CGGAAGUUCAACAUGGCUGAAGGUCAUGAAGUGCUGAUUGAACCACUCUGCUUUUCCCAACACUUAGAUGCAAAGCCAUUAUCAUAUAAACAGACUCGGUGCUUAAUGUGCGAGGACACAUUCAAUCUGGACACACAUCACGACACAUUUUUGAAACAUUUAGUAGAGAAGCAUAAAUUGGUGAUAGCUGAUGUUAAGUUGAUAGCAGAUUUUAAAAGGUACAUCAACUAUUGGAGAGGAAGAUUUUCACUGCAAGAUGACUUAAAAGAAUUUUGCACCAUCAUACGAACAAAUACACAAGAGAAGGACAUAGUUCCCAGUGAGGAUUUCUACCUUCUCAGUGACAUCAUUGAUGAAGACAAAAAACUUCGGGAAAUACUGCAGAGAGAGAAGCUAGAGUGUGUCUUGAUGUGCCAGCAGAGUGAAAGAGAGGAAGGUUUCCACAGAUGUUGUCUCUUCUGCAAACUGUUUGAUGGGAGCAAGAAUGAGCUGUUUGAACACAUGUCUGAGGAACAUGGCUUUAACAUAGGACAGCCUGAUAAUAUAGUCUAUGCAGAUGAGUUGAUGGACUAUCUGCAUGAACAACUAAAACUAUGUAAAUGCUUAUACUGUGAAAAGACAUUCAAAGAUCGAGUAACCCUUAAGGAGCAUAUGAGAAAGAAGGGCCAUAAAAGACUGAACCCUAAAAGCAAAAAAUAUGACAAAUACUACAUUAUAAAUUAUUUGGAACUUGGUAAAAACUGGAAGAGUAUCCAAUCAGAAGAUGACACUCCCAUAGAUAGUGAUACAGAUAAAGAUGAGGAUUGGAGUGAUUGGCAGGAGAUGGGCGGAGCAAAGGCUGUAUGUCUGUUUUGUGAUUGGUCAGCUACAAAUGUUGAUAUUCUCUGGGAACACAUUCAGAAAGUGCAUGACUUUAACAUGACUGAAGUAAAGGAGAAAUUACAGCUGACGUUCUAUCAACAGAUUAAGCUAGUCAACUAUAUUAGAAGACAGAUUCACCAGAGUCGAUGUAUCAAUUGUGACGAUAGCUUUGAAUCAAAGAAGGAAUUAUUACAACAUAUGUCAGAUAGAUGUCACUUCAGUCAACCCACAGACUCAUCAGUGUGGGACCAACCGCAAUAUUUUUUCCCAACUUAUGAAGAUGAUAACCUAUUAUACGCCUUACAAGAUGAUGAUGCUGCUUCUAACAAUGGUAACCUAGCAGCAAUUGACAUUAGCAAUGAUGAAAUAAUCGCUGAAAGUGCAAAAACAAACAUUAAGGACUCGGUGCUAUGUGAAAGGACAAUUUUGCAAGAUCUUAGAGAAGAUGGAAAUUCGUAGAAGGGAAUCAUAUUUGCAUAAUUAAAUAUACAUAUUAUAUAAUGAUAAUAUUAUACAUGUAUAUAGUACUAUUAUAUAAU